AAGUAUUGCAAUAGUAUGGUUCAUAAUUGUAAUUGUGUCCAUUUAUCACUUUCUUUUUUGGUAAAUGAAGAAGUCGAAGAGGAAGUUGAAGAGGUAGUAGAGGUAGAGGUUGCCCCAGAGGCCGAGCCAGAGCCGGAGCCAGAGCCUGAGCCUGAGCCCGAGCCUGAGCCUGAGGAAGAACCUGAGCCUGAGCCUGAGCAAGAGGUGCAUGAGGAAGAGGCCUAUGAAGAGGAAGAAGAGAAGCCAAAAUUCAAGCCAAGUGCACCAAAAAUCCCAGAAGGAGACAAAGUGGACUUUGAUGACAUCCAAAAGAAACGCCAAAACAAGGACCUCGUCGAGCUGCAAGGACUGAUUGAUGCUCACUUUGAGUGCAGAAAGAAGGAAGAGGAGGAGCUUAUUGCUCUGAAGGAGAGAAUUGAAAAACGCAGAUCUGAGAGGGCAGAGCAGCAGAGAAUCCGUGCUGAGAAGGAUAAAGAACGCCAGGCGAGACGUGAGGAGGAGAGGCUGAGGAAGGAAGAAGCAGAUAUGAAGAAGAAGGCAGAGGAAGAUGCUAAGAAGAAGUCGGUUCUGACCAGCAUGGGCUCCAACUACAGCAGCCAUCUGCAGAAGGCUGAUCAAAAGAGAGGAAAGAAGCAGACAGAGAGAGAGAAGAAGAAGAAGAUCUUGGCUGAGAGACGCAAGGCUCUGAACAUUGACCAUCUGAAUGAGGACAAACUGAGGGAGAAAGCUAAGGAGCUGUGGGAUUGGAUGUAUAGUCUUGAGUCUGAGAAGUUUGACCACAUUGAGAAACUGAAGAGGCAAAAAUAUGAGAUUACUAACCAGCGUCAGAGAGUGGAGGAGCUCAGUAAACACUCCAAGAAGGGCGCUGCCGCUCGCCGCAGAAAGUAAGGAGCUUAUUGAGAAGACUGUACCGCUGGUCAAGCAAUGCCCUCAUCCACGGCUCCACGUCAGGACCGUGUCCAUUUGGCUUCAUCCAGCUGAACUCCUGGUCUUCAGACAGCCAGAAACAGACUCACUCUCGUCUAUUAAGUUCCAUGUAAUUUUAGACUGGUGCAGUUUGAGCAGUGGCACAAAUUCUAGCCUCUUCCUUGUUCCCACUGCUAGGUUCUUAUUCUGUGUGCUUCUGUGUGUAAAUAAAGUUCUGGCUCACCAGCUUUGUCUGUAUUUCAAUUUCAUUGUUCAAUAAAUCAUGUUCUUUGCAGAG